UUUCAAGUGGAGACACAACACUUAGUUAUGGAGAGUUCUAUAAAUGUAUGAUAUAGAGGAUCUGUGGGCUGUAGGAACGACAUCCGUGGAGACGCCCCUCGCCUCAUUACGGACCCAGAUUUAUAGUGGGGAGUUAACUGGUAGUUCAAAGUUUGCUUCGAGGUAAACAUGAUGACCAGCUGCACGUAACUGUUGAUAUGAAGAGUAACGGAGACGACGACUGUCAGGACUGUCUUCUUUAAAGGGUUCAGACAGAAAUCUCUGGGGAUAUGGUGAAAAACCAAAAUGUCGGAGGGCACCUCAAUCGCUCUUCCCCAUGCAAGACAAAAAAGACUGGCUCCCAGAGUGCAAACAGCAAGGACCAAACUAGUCUGGACCCAGCAGGUGAUGAUGUUCCUGCUGUUCCUGCAGACCUCCAGACUAUUGGCGAAGGUCAGCUGGGUUUUCCAGACAGAGUUUACCUGCUGGCAUCUGUCAUCUUCCAGAAUAACCACCUGGAGAAGCCUGCUGCCCAGCGGUUGGUGAAUUAUGGCAAAGAGAGAGGGCUCCCUUUACCUGUGGUCAAAGACGAGGAGAUGCAACGUACAGCUUAUGAGCUUGCCUUCAAUACACUUAAAUAUCAAGAGCUGCUGGAGGACAUCAUGAUUGACAGUUGCUUUUACCUCUUUCAGCAAAUGCCAGAUGAUCAGAUGAGCCUAGUUGCCGUCAUGCUCUACGACUUCCAGGACAGAAAGUUCCUCCCACGGGAACGCUGUGGGAAGGAGGAACUCAUACGAGAAGUAAGAGAUGUGGAGAACUACCUCCGCAGGUGUAAAACCAAGCUUGCAGCUUCUCUGGCCCGCUGCAGGAUCAAACACGAUCUCUUGACCAUUGAAUGCAUUCUGCCAGAGAGUGUGAAGAAGAAACAGGAGAGGUCGAGCAGCCUUCCACUGUAUGCAUGGGUGAACACAUGGAAGAGCAGCCUCAAUGAGGUCCAAAGUAUGCUUAAGACGGCUGGCUUCACGCAGGUGAAAUCGAUUGGGCAGCUGGAGGGCCAGACCUUCUGUCAGGAUCCCCACUGUGGGGAUGUACUGGUAUUCCCUGCUCAGCUGAGGGCUCAGCUGUACUCCACCGAGCUGCUUAGCAACCAAAAACUUAUCAUCCAGGACAAAAUUUGCAGCCUAGGCCCGAAUGCAGUGUGCUCCCUGCUGCAAGAGGAAGGAGAUGUUCUCAUAGUGGGCUGCUUCUCGGGCCUCACUGUCUCCCACACCGCAUCCCUUAUUGCCAGGAAACAUAAAGACAACUGCAAUAACCAGCCCACAGUCUAUGUUUGUGUCAGCGACCAUACAAACGCUCAGAGGGAGGACCUACAGCAAUCCGUGACUGCAAUGGGAUGCAAGAAUGUGAAGCUGAUACUGGAGGACUUCCACUGUUUGGGCCGAGGUGAUAAGCGGCUUCAGAGGGUGUGCGUUAUUCUCUUGACUCCGAAGUGUUCUGUGUCCGCAGUCAGCAACCCAGUGGAGUUCAUACUGCAGGAAAAUGGAGACAUGGAUUUAAUGCAGGACUUAUCCCAGGACUCUAUAGCCCAGAGCAAACUGGAAGCUCUGGUAGCCCAGCAGAGAAAGGAUAUUGAUCUUGCCUUGACGUUUCCGAAGGUUUUGGUGGUAAUUUACUCCACCUGUUCGGCGUACCCUGAUGAGAAUGAGGCGGUGGUGAGCAGAGCCCUGGAGCAAGCCAAGGCCCGCUCCGAGCAGGAGGGAGAACCGAAACAAGCAACCUUCAGGCUUAGUCCAUCACCAUUCAUAAAUCCGGACCACUCCGAGGGCCAAGAGGAGACAAACCUUUUCUUCAUGUUGGAGUCCUCAGCACAGAGCAAUGGUUGCUUUCUUGCUGUUCUCAUCAAAGAGCCAGAGCCAGUAGUCAAAGAGGAGCCUCAUGAAGUGCUUCUUAGAGCAAACGCCAAAGGCAUACUGGACAGGAUCGGCUCAAACCAGCAGACCAGAAAAGAGCAGAAUCGACAUUCCAACAGGAUGAUGAAAAAACCACAUGCCCACACCUCUACACCCAUCCUCACGUGUGCAACCCAAAAACCCCCAAACCCAAGUGUGCAACCCAAAAACCAAGAGGCAAAGAACAGCAGCAGUUCCACUAUGUGUGGACAUCAGGAGUUUACCAACAGGCGACAGUCAUCACAAGGAAAGGCCAAAACACCACACUUGCAGGCCUCAAAGACCACCACAUCCAGGCCCUUCUCUUCCUCCAAACCAGAAAGCACCGGCUCCACCUCCUUGUCCAAACCAGAAAACAUCUCAUUAAAGAAAACCUUCACUCCUGUAUGCAAAACGACAACUUCCACCACCACUCUGCAUCCAGCUCCUCCUCCAGCUCCUCUUCCUGCCACCCCAUCGUCCCCUUUUGUCCGGCCCCGUAAAGCUCCCCAGGAGGUGCUGAAGCCUGUUGUGCUGGUUUUUCCUCCUAUUCACUUCCCCAGCUUCUUCCCACCUCAGCGUAGCCAAGCAGGACACGGCGCCAGCUACAGCCAGUGGAGGACCCCAACCCAAGCUGCACCCCUCUCUCGCCCCAGUGGGAAUAUUCCCAAGGACACCUCAGCUAAAUCCCAGCCUCUGUUUUAACUCCAAACACCAACGCGUAUAAAAGAAGUACUAACUUUUAGGUCAAACUUUGACCACAAUAAAGGCUGAAAAAGCAAGACUGUAAACGGUGUUAUUUUAGUGCCACACUACAUAGAGCAUGUGAUAAUGCAAGUCCACUUUCAGGCCUCUAGAGCCACUUCUACUUUAUUAUUUAAAUGUCUUUAUUAAAGAGUCUUUGUGUGCCAUACUGGACA